AUGGCGGAACCAAUGUCGAAUGUUUCGCCGGAGAAGCUCAAUACUUACUCUGACAACAUCAUCGUCGACGAUAUUGAUAUGGCGUACAACGAUCCGCCCUCGUCGCCUUUCGUCGAACACAUCGGAGUCCAAGACCAGGAGAACAUUGCCCCUGGAGCAGCAGCCACACCGGUGAAGCCGCUAAUAGACUUUGAGGACAGCGUACCCCAAUCCGCUUUCAGAGUGUCUCCCGAGAAGAAAUUUGGGUUGAAGGAGCGCACAAGCCCAAUGAAGACACUGCCAGCAAAGAAUUUGAUGGACGACUUUGAAGACCCGGCACAUAAAACUGGCAGUGCGGAUCGACAGACUCCCCAGAAGAACAUCUCGCCCAUCAAGGAGAUUGCUACCGAGCGACGCGGGUCCGCAAUGAGUAGCCACUCCUACAAAAGCCAAUCGCCCUCGAAAUCGUCACGCGUACCUUCGCCCGAAACGGUCCAGCGCAAGCCAACCCAUACAUAUCAGCGGCAAACAUCGGUCACACCGUCAAAGCGACCGGCCUCUUCUCACCAAGAGUCUCCGCUCCGCGACAACGAGGGCUUGACUACCGCGAUGAAGUUCAUGGAGGAUAGCAACUUCAAAACUCGCGAAACACCCAGAAAGCGAACAUCUCGAGGCCACGAAUUUGAGAUCGAUCUGAGCAUGGACAACACAGACUUCAAUCCAGACGGGCCAGAGCCAACAUCCUUGGACAUCGAUGAUACCUGCUUCAGCAACUUCUCAGAGAUGCCGGGGAUCGAUAUGACGAAAUUCGCAUCCCUGAAACAGAGCCCAGCAAAGAGCGGCAUGCCAGAUGCUACACCUCGCGCUCGCCCUCAAAUGACACCCUCGACGGUCCGACGGUCCGAACGCACUCCCAGUCCUACGCCACGGCGCGCAUAUAACGAUAACGAUACCACAAAUCUACUUUUGGACUUCACCGCCCAGAUUGAAUCCUUCUCUUCAUCCCGCCGUGCGUCACCCGGACGUGGGCGCAAUUCGCCUAGCAAGUCUAUCACAGAGCCAAACCUCCGCUCCUAUUACCGGGACCAGCGAUCGCCGGCCAAGGGUGGGUCGCAAGUACCUGCAACACCCAGCCAGAGGAGCCAAAUGUUGAAUCUGUUGGAUUUUGAGCUGCCUCCGCCGCCUACACCACGAUCGCUACCUACUGUCACCAUCCGAGAGCUUGAGUCUGUAAAGUCCCAGUUUCAGUCUCAGGUGUCGUCUCUCACCGCCAGCUUGUCUGGAAAAGAAGCUGAGAUCGACGCUCUUUCCAAAGCUAUUGCCGAUGCUGAACGCCGAGUUGGCGAAGCCCAAGAGACCGUCCGUGACGAACGCUCAGCUCGCGAAUAUGCAGAGACACAAAUGGUUGACUGGAAGUCAAAAGGCGAAGAGGUUCAGAAACUGCUGCAGGACGUCCAGGCCGAGAUGGCACGCAACGAUGCUGAGCGCGAAGACCUCCUAGCGAGGUUGGCCGAUGCAGAGAAGCGUGCUGAUGAUGCAGAGAGCCGCUCGUCUGAGCUUGAAACCAAGGUCAUCGAGGCUGAAAGCAAGAACGUCGACAUGACGACGUUUAUCAACAACGAUGAGGGCGAUGAGAACAAGAAGGUUUACUCAGAACUCGAAUGCCAAUCUGCUAUUGCAGAGAAGGUCAAUGAGAUUGCACGCGACCUGCACACAGCCUACAAGGCUAAACACGAGAAGAAGAUCAAAGCCCUCAAGGACAAUUACCAGAAGAAGGCCGACGAAAAGUGCAAAGAGCUUCGGGCGCAGAUUGCUAGUCUCGAACGGCAAGUGGAAGACGCAGAGAAGAAGCGUGACAAUACUUUCAGUAGGAUCAAUCCAGGCCAGCACGACGCCAGGGACGAGAGCCAAGGAGUAUCUCCCUCAAAGAACACACGGAACGCCGAAGACGCUCAGAUGCUAGAAGCGCAGAGAGCUGAAAUCGAGAACCUCAAGGCUAGACUCGCCGGUCUUCAGUCGGAACUUCAGUCUCUUCGCAAAUCCCACGAUACCCUUGUUGAAGACCUUGAAGCUGAGCGCAUCGAGAAAGGCGAGCUCGUAGCGGCCGCCGAACAGAUGCUUUCCAUGUGCGGAGAAAAGAUGGAAGAGAUGCAACAAGAAGACCUUCGCCGCUCACAAAUGGGCUCCGCACCUGCUGCCCCUCAACAGCAAGCGCCGCCUCAGCAAGCAAUGCGCAACACGGGUUUUCUGGCCGGUGGCCCCGGUGCCUCACGCCCCGGAUCCGCACUUGGCGGUGGACGUCCCGGCAGUGCGAUGGGUGACCGUCUAGGUGCCAUGAACGAGCGUACCGGCAGUGGAAUCGCUAAACCAUCUGGACUUCGCGCACCAGGUGGCCUUAAGUUCCAAGGUGCUCCCGGUUUGAACCGGAGUCAAAGUGGUGGGAAGAGCAGGUUACUGUCCAACAUCGAGCGCAUGGGUGGGGGAAAGACACAGGAAUAG